ACACAUACAUCUAUGUCUCUAGCUCUUUCUCCCUCUUUUUUUUUUUUUUUUUUUUUAACGUAAGUCAAAAGCAUUACAUUAUAAUUUCUCAUUAUUAGUCAGUAAGUUAAGCCCUUUGUUCCAUAAUAUUAUAGUAGGGUAUUUAGAGGUAUGUUUGUAUAUAUGAGUGUGUGUUGAGAAUGAAUGUAUAUAAAAUACAUAGUAUUCACUUCUGUGUAUAAUGUACGAGUAUAUAGCUUAUCAGCGUCACAGUUAAUAUCAGACGACCAUAUAAAAUAUAUAUAUUAUCAGCAACUUUGGUCAGACCGGUUCCUCUCUUCAGUCACGGCACGACGCGAAGCCAUCCUUUUCGCAAUGAUAAGUGGGAAAUGGCCGUGCUUCAAAAGAUUUCUGAUCCUCCUACUGGUCGCCGCCGUAGCACUUGUCCUUUACCAGGGAGCACUGCCUAGAACUCAGCAGUUUUACGGGAAAAGCGCUCUAGAUUCUGGUAGAGACAAUCUGUUCAGUGAGCAGAAAGCGUUGCCCUGGUGGGAAGGAGGCGACUGCCGUUGCAAUGGUAACUCCUGCUUUCCUGAGGAGGCUCCAAGCUUCUCUUGGGAAGACGCGGGCGGCGCCUGUGGUCGGAGGGCGUGGUUGGCAGGCGGAGGGCAGAAGGUGAUCAGUUUCGCGCUGUUUGGGAAUAAGUCGCAGUACUGGAAAGCGUUUCGGAAGAACCUCAAUGCGACAAGAACCAUGUACCCUGGCUGGGUCGUGUGGCUCUUCACUGAUCCUCGCGGCCGGGAGAAUGUCCUCUGCCCACUCUUGCGUGAUUUUCCUCACUUCUACAUCUGUGACGUCACCCAAUUGCCUUCGCUUGGAAAUGUUACCUCAAUACACAACAUGAUUUGGAGAACGCUGCCCCUUGGUGACGAAAGGGUCUCGGCUUUUUUUGUCCGAGACACCGACUCGCUUCUCCUGGAACGAGGGGCUGCAGCAGUGAGGGAAUGGAUGUCGGGAAACAAAAGCUUCCACUUGCUGAGGGACCAUCCGUACCAUGGAAUUCCUGUGAUGGGAGGGCUGUGGGGCGCCCGCUGGGACCUCAAGACGCACAACGUUUCAGAAUUCAGGAAGAACCUUACUGGUGUCAGAAGCGCAAUGAUAAAAGCAGCCAAGGGAAAGUUCAAGAAAGGCGUUGAUCAACACAUCUUAAUGAAAGUGUUGUACCCAAAGACGAAAGGUGAUGUCAUGUCCCACGAUAGUUUCUUCUGCAAGAAAUACCCAGAUGGUUUCAGACCUUUCCCAAUCCAGCGUGAGAAAGGCCAUUACUUACGGAAUUACAUGGGUGUCAGAGAGAACGACAAACUAUUUGUUAAAACACCCUGUCCAGAGGCUUGUCGUCCUAAGAAUCAUCAAGAUUGGACCUACUGCUGAACUGAAUAUCCAACAGUGAUAAUCCGUUGCACUCACUGUGAUGAAUUUCGUGUUAUCAAGAUCUCUGCAUUGAUAUUGUUUCACGCUUUAUCACUAUAGGGAAUUUCUGCUUUAGAGAAAGAAGGUAUGGUGAUAUAUUUUUCUCUUGUUUGAAGAGUGAAAGGCUUAUCGAAGGGCAGUUCUGGCGCCCUUUGCUCAGAAUUUUAUUGGUUAGAUUUACUAGAUUUUAAUCAUAGUAAAUGUAUGGGAAUUUCAAAGAAGCUCACUUCAAGGUACCCACUGUGAGAAUUGCCUCGACAUACCUUUCAAUUAAUUAACUAUAUGCACAUAUAAGUACAUGCAAAUAUAAGUACAAUGGGUGGUCUUUACACACAUAUUUCACGUAGUCUUAGAUAGGGAUUUAUAUUUUCAUUGAUUACUAAACAUAUCGUCUGUUUGUCGAUAUAGAAGUCAUAUAAAAAGAUACACAAAAUGUUUCCGUGCCUUGUAAGCAUUACAUCUAAUACGAAUUCAUUCAACAUUGUUAAUAGUUUAAGUAAAUAAGGACGGCCGCUGAAACAUGGUAAGAAUUUUCAACCAGUCCGAGUUCCGUAUGGCGUUGGCUUCGGUGUGAUUAAUAUUUUCAUGAUCAUUAUGCAUCUUAUAACCUUAUAACCUCAAAAAUCCCUAUAGGUGAGUGUUAAAGAAUAAAAAUGGUUAAUUAAUCUUUCGUUGUUAUGUUCUUGUAAAAAGUUCAUCCUGACUUUUGAAACCUUUAUUUUUCUGCUCAUAGAAGGUAUGUAAAAAUAAGGUAAAAUUCUAUCAUGCAGUAUAUAUGAAAAUUAGAAUAAUCAUUUUCCACCCAUACAGGAUAUAGAAGUGAAAUUAUUAAUUGCAUUUAUACAAAGUGUUUAGCAUUAAAAUAACUAAUUUUCAUUCAUGUAAAUACAAUACAAGAACAAUAAUGACAACUAUGAUAAUUAUACAAUUACAGCCCGCAAUAACAAAUGUGAUCAUUGAUAACGUCUUAGGUUGGUUUAUUCAAUUUUAUCAUUAUUAUCCCCAACAAUGUUCUAAGACUUCCCUCUUCGUCCGCAGUCUUUGGCAGUCUUCCCGCUAGUACAUACCAUGCUGUAAAACCUAACGUCUCCUUCCAUCAACACAGAUACAGGGAAAUUGCCAAUUCUUAUAUUGAUUCCCCUCUACUCUCUUCACUACUAUGCUUUUACUAUAUGGUUAUAUGACGUUUGAUCUCUUAUCCUUAAUUAUAAUGAUAAAGAUGAAGGUAUUAACACUACUAACACGAGCAAUGUAGUGAUAGCUAUAACGAAUAAUAAUGAUAAAAAACAAAAAGUAUUUAUGAUAACACCAUGUUAUUGUAUUAAUGAUUAUAUCAUAAUGGCAAAAGAAAUAAUGUUAAUAGUUCUAAUAUCGAUUAUCUGUCCACGAUGAUUACAAUAACACGAAUAAGGAUAAUAAUGCAAAUGCAGAAUAAUUACCAUUAAUGAUGAUUAUGAUCAUAAUAGUUAUGAGAAAGCUAAUAGUAACAUAUUUAUUCUCUUUCAUAAAUAUACCUCUCCAUUAAUUGUCAUUCAGUGCAUUUUCUUUUCUUUCUUUCCUCUGUAAACCGUAGGGGAAAAAAAUAUUUUGUAUACGGAUAACCAUUUUUUAUUGUUUCUGUAGAUGCGUGUAUAAUGAUAACAUCAGUGAUAUAUAAACUACACUUUUUACUGAGAACUAAAGAAAUUCUUUCUGUCAUUCACUUUAAAACAAUGGCAUAGGUUUAACUUCAAACGUAAUGAAGGUUAAUGAAUAUUGCAUCAGUGUAAUCUAUAUUAUCACAUUCUCUACUCUAUUAAUUCCUCAAAAACAUCUCACAUAUACAAAACAACCACAUAUAUCCUUUUUAAGUAAUGGAAAAAAAAAGGAAUAUUGUAAUUAUUAUUCACAAGUAUGAGGAAACUAACCUCUGAAUUCGUUAUGUUUAAUAAGAUAUCGUCUGACAUGAAAGUCAUAUUGCAUUCAGUCUAAUCAAGGAAAGUGGUUACGGAAAGUGAUUCAGAAUAAAAUGUCAUCAUGCUCACUAUAUUUACACGUAGUUGUAUGUAUAUGUAUCCAUGUAUGUAUAUAUACACACACACAUAUGUGUGUGUGUGUGUAUGUGUAUGUGUAUGUGUAUGUGUGUGUGUGUGUGUGUGUGUGUGUGUGUGUGUGUGUGUGUGUGUGUGUGUGUGCGUGUGUGUGUGUGAGAGAGAGAGAGAGAGACAUCACGUUUGUCGGGAAUUUUCUUUAUUUUGAAGUUGGUAGUAACUGUCAGCGGCAACAAGUUGGUUUUGCCAAAUAGUUUUUAAUGUGUGUGAAGCGUGAGGACAACACAUUAGUUGUAAUAGGGAAAGCAAAAAAAAAAACAAACUUGAGAGGCCACCAGCAAAAUGUGUUUUAUUUUAAUGUGAAUUUUCCGCAGCUGGUUGGUGUCGAGUGUUUCUGUGGCCGCUGUGUAGCGUUAAUGUGGAUUUAUAUGGUUUGUAAUCAAUUUUGUUUGGUAAUAAUCAUUUAAGAGUGACACAGAUAUCACAAUUAUGAUUGAGUGAACAAAUAUUAAUUUAUCAAUCUUGUGUUUUGUGGUAUCUUGCAUGUUCCCACAAAAGGAAUAUUUAUUAAAUGAUCGUUUCCGAGUGAUUGCAAGGCUAACACUUAUUCCUAUAUAUAAUGUUGCAUGUUUUGCCCAAUAAUUAUUUUGUAUACUUAUGAAUUAACUGAUUUAAGUUCCCGUUGAUUGUCUUGCGUGAUUUUGUACCAAUAUUUGUUACCUUCCUGUUUAAUAAAGACAAGUAAAAGGA